GGGCGAGGACGUGGGCCGCAUGCCAAUUUUAUUUUAGAGAAUGACGGGCGAGAUAGGGUGAACGUGACCACCAGACACAGGACGCCGUCAUGGAAGUCGCUGGGGAUGGCCCGGGGAUGCCACAAGAAACUGAGGCACAUGAGCAAGAGAAAGUUUAUGGGAAACCUAGAGAAGAGGCUCCGGUAGACAAAGCUGCCUCGACGAAAAAGAAAUUCCGGUAUCAGAUCCCCAUUCUAACUAUGCCCGAGAUCGAUGAUACCCUUAGCAAGUUGCUAGGGACCAUGGUGUCGGUCUCUUUCCAAACCGUGUUGCAGGCAAGCCCCAGGCUCCUGAAAGGCCUUAGACAACUAUUGACAAGGCGAAGAAUAGAGGUAGAAGAAGGGUCGGAACAGCAGGAGGAAGAGAAGGAAGAGGAGGCACCAGGAGAAGUCGCCAACUUCCAAAGGAUCCCCGGGGCCCUGAAUGAGCUAGAGAAGGCCUUCGCAGACAUCCGGCUAAGCCUGCCAGACUGUGAAGGUGUUGCAGGAGAUAUGUUCCCCGCAAAAUGCGAACCGUACAUUGACGACAACCCAAUCAAAGGCGCACGGGACAAGGAUGAAACGAAAAUUCAGCCAGGGAUACGAAGAGGAAAAAAGAAAGUUGAAAGCGAAGAGGAUGAUGAUGAAGGUUAUGGUAAGAAGGGAGAUUCUUCUAGAUCUAGAAAGAAUGGAGGGGAUGGUGACAGAGGAAACAGAGAAAGAAGGAAGUAUGAUAACCGUCCUAAGCAGAGUUUUGUCUGCUACUAUUGUGGUGAAGGGGGUCACACUACCACCUAUUGCAGGCCUCUUGAGGAGGAUGUGAAGAGUGGGGUGGCAAAGAAGGAUGCUAUGGGUCAUGUCUGUGAUAGUUCAUGGAACAAGUUGGACCCAAGGCACCCAGGAGGUAUGAGAUUUCUCGCUCUUAAACAUGAUGAAAAAAUGAAGAAGAAGAUUAAGAGAAAAACUAAUGUGAAUGUUCAUUUUCUUAUUGAUGAGUUGCCUAAUGAGCUUGUGCAGGAAACAAGUGACCCUCAUACCGCGAUUGAGUUGUCUCUGCAAUCCUUAACAUUAAUAAAGGAUGCGUCUGAUGAGGUUUCUACAAGCAUAAUGCAAGGCGUUUUCAGGGUAUGCAAUCGACUGCUUGAGUUAUCACAGCUGAUUCUGACUUACGCAUUGCCAGCUGGAGACGUUAUGAAGUAACAGAUGCGGAAUUGGGCCAAGGAUUUCUACUGUGCGCAGCUUUACAAGCCCACCCUCUCAACUUAGACGUUAUGGUUGCGCAUCCAUGCCGGACAAACAUACACAUGGACAUAUUCAGUGGGCGAGAAGGUGCACAUGUUUACACUUUGCUCAGCUUGAAGAGAAGAUCCUUUCUUGUGAGAUUUCUUACCAGUGCGAGACCUUUUGACAUGGAACAAAAUUACACAUCAUUUCUGGCCAUGACUGAAGUCAGAUCUAAGACCAACAUGUAAGCUUUCCCAACGGAUGUAUCAUCUGGUACAACAUGGCUACUUACUGGCUACCUUUCCACAUCUUCUAUGCCAUGCCACAAGGAGCUAUUCGUGGAAGAAGAGCUGGUGUCAGAAGCAGGGCCACAGAUGGUUCUGGGUUGUGUUUACUGUGACUGUCCGGGUAUAGUUUGUGGUGUGCCAGAUAGAGGUGAAAUUGGCCUGGUAUAGUCUGGUUGAGUCCGUGCACCAUGGUCAUGCACUGUAGCUCACCUAUUGAACUGUGCGGUGUGUCCUCAUUUAUGUGUUGUAAGCAAGAGCCAGAGAACAAUGAGAGAACGGGGAGGCAAGGAUAAGGGAAGGUGCAAGGAGAUGUGUGGAAAGCUGGAAGCUGAGCAAGCACGUGAUUGGAGAAUGCGAGAUUGAAAGGGUAAGACUGACUGAUCAGUAACAAGAUGAUUCGUGAGGAGAAUGGGGUGGUUUUGGAGGCGCUACAGUCUUGGGUCUGACUGAUCAGUAACAAGAUGAUUCGUGAGGAGAAUGGGGUGGUUUUGGAGGCGCCACAGUCUUGGGUUGACUUGAACCAGAGGUAACUAGGAUUAGAUGAUUAGUGUUCUUGGUUUGACAUAGGGAACAUAAUCUCAUUUUCUACAAUCAACUGAAAGAGAGAUGUUGCGUUUGUGAAUGCUUUGUCAUUGCCGAACGGUCCUUCUUGCUUAUGCUUAAGCAUGUGGAGCUUGCCUCCAGAAGACGUGGGAUCUGGCCCGCUUGGGCUCCCACAUCUAAAGGGUGGUGAUUUCUGCAGGAGCUGAUCUCACGGCAGGCCUAACACUGGAACUGUUUUGCAAGAUAUACUCUGUGGCAGUCUCUUUCAAAUUUCGGACUGUGGAACCAAAACUUACCUGUAGCAAGAUAUACUCUGAAGGGUGUGGAAGUUGGGUCCAUAAUGCUCCAUAUGUCUCUGCCUCUCCUCAGAGGGCAGGCAAGAUUUUGUGAUGAUAAUCACAGGUCUGUAGCAAUAUGUGUCUUUUCAUACGAGUUUGAUUGCCACUUUUAUACUCCCGAGUUUGCGUGGACUGCUAGAUGUCAUUUGGCCUGACUAGAGCAAGCCGGAGGGGGAGGAGAGAAUUUUCACGCACACACACACACACACGCACACACACACAGAGGGGGGGUCGGUGCGUUCUUGCUGGAGGAGUCUACUGUCUUAGAUACGUUGUCUCUUAUCUUCUUCCUCCUCUUUGGCAGUGAUGCGAGUGUGUAGUUUGAGAUGAAUGUCCGGAAUGCCAAUCCUGUU